UACAAUUCUAGAAAAAAUAAAUCAUUUUGUCCAUUUUAAAAUAAAAUAUUUCCAAGUUGCCUCUACUUGACAGCAGUGGAAUCAUUUUGUCCCAUUAUUUCCUCAUCAAAAAGUGCCUCUACUUUUCAAUACAUAUAUACAUACAUACAUACAUACAUACAACUGUACAUGUGGGACCAAAAUUAAGGCCAUCUUUAUUGACUUGAGAAGCUAUAUUCCAAGCCUUAGAAGCUGCUUGGAAAUCAUAACCUUAUUGUCUUUUAUAAAAUCUUCUUUCAUGUGUUAAAUUCAGUUCAUACAAUUAUAUAGCUAACUAAAACCAAAAUUUUUAAAAUUAUGUAUCUUUGAAAAAUCAUAAGCCUAUGCUCCGCCCCUUCUCUUUUAUUAUUCUUUCUUGAUAAUAUAUAUAAAUAUCUCUUACAGAAAAUUAUUGCAGAGAAAAGUAGAUUUAAAUACAUAGCCUUACAAUUUGCAGGUGAUCAUAAUAUGGAGAAGCCAGUUGCAGGCAAAGAGGAUUCAAAGAUGGGUCACAUGAAGAAGUUAGGAAGAAAAACCAGCACUUUUGCAUGCAGGAUUAGAGAUCAUGUAAAGUUGAGUCCUAAACUGUCCCAAACAGUGAAAGGUAAACUAAGAUUAGGGGCAAGAAUAAUUCAAGAAGGUGGAAGAGAAAAUAUUUUCAAACAUAUAUUUGGAGUUACAGAAGGAGAAGAGUUAUUAAAGGCAUCACAGUGCUAUUUAUCAACAACAGCUGGUCCUAUUGCAGGAUUGCUCUUUAUUUCUACUCAAAAGGUUGCCUUUUGCAGUGAAGCAAUGGUUACCUUAAAUUCCCCAAAUGGGGAUUUGAUUAGAAUACCCUACAAGGUUGUGAUCCCAGUUAAGAAGAUCAAAAGAGCCAACAAGAGAGAAAAUGUGCACAAGCCAACACAAAAGUAUAUAGAAAUAGUUACAGAAGAUGAUUUUGAAUUUUGGUUCAUGGGGUUUUUACGUUAUGAGAAAGCUUUAGAAAAUCUAGAAAUUGCAAUUUCCAUGCUAAACUCUCCCUGUAAGAGUUCUUAAGAUUUGUUAAAUAAAAAAAAAAAAAAAAAUUAUAGGUUUUUUUUUUCCUUUCA